GAGGGGGCCGUGCUCGCACUAAGGCGCCGGCUGCAGGCGGCGAGCGAGGAGCCGGCGGGAGGGCUGCGCGGAGAGUACAUGUUACCAUGGCGAUGACUGCAGGGACUACAACAUCCUUUCCCAUGAGUAACCACACCCGGGAGAGAGUGACGGUGGCCAAACUCACGCUGGAGAACUUCUACAGCAACCUCAUUAUCCAGCACGAAGAGCGAGAAACCAGGCAGAAGAAGCUAGAAGUGGCUAUGGAAGAGGAAGGCCUAGCAGAUGAGGAGAAAAAACUGCGCAGGUCACAACAUGCCCGCAAAGAAACAGAAUUUCUGCGACUGAAGAGGACUAGACUCGGCUUGGAUGACUUUGAAUCUUUGAAAGUUAUAGGAAGAGGAGCAUUUGGGGAGGUACGCCUUGUUCAGAAGAAGGAUACAGGCCAUAUUUAUGCAAUGAAGAUACUAAGAAAAGCAGAUAUGUUGGAGAAAGAGCAGGUGGCCCAUAUCCGAGCAGAAAGAGAUAUUCUGGUUGAAGCAGAUGGAGCCUGGGUAGUGAAAAUGUUUUACAGUUUUCAGGAUAAAAGAAAUCUCUACCUGAUCAUGGAGUUCUUACCUGGAGGUGACAUGAUGACCUUACUAAUGAAGAAAGACACCUUAUCGGAAGAGGAGACGCAGUUUUACAUUUCUGAAACUGUGUUGGCCAUAGAUGCUAUUCACCAGCUGGGAUUCAUCCACAGAGAUAUUAAACCAGACAACCUUUUGCUGGAUGCUAAGGGUCAUGUAAAACUCUCUGAUUUUGGGCUAUGCACAGGUUUAAAGAAAGCUCACAGAACUGAGUUCUACAGGAACCUAACACACAACCCACCAAGUGACUUCUCAUUUCAGAACAUGAACUCAAAGAGAAAAGCAGAAACAUGGAAGAAGAACAGGCGACAGUUGGCAUAUUCUACUGUUGGCACACCAGAUUAUAUUGCACCAGAAGUAUUUAUGCAGACUGGAUAUAACAAGCUAUGUGACUGGUGGUCUUUGGGAGUGAUUAUGUAUGAAAUGCUAAUAGGGUAUCCACCCUUCUGCUCAGAAACACCGCAAGAAACUUACAGGAAAGUUAUGAACUGGAAAGAAACAUUGGUAUUUCCUCCAGAGGUGCCCAUUUCAGAGAAAUCAAAAGAUUUAAUUCUAAGAUUUUGUACUGACUCAGAAAAUAGAAUUGGUAGUAAUGGAGUAGAAGAAAUAAAAAGCCAUCCGUUCUUUGAAGGAGUGGACUGGGGACAUAUCAGGGAAAGACCAGCUGCAAUCCCUAUAGAAAUCAAAAGCAUCGACGAUACUUCCAACUUUGAUGAAUUUCCUGAAUCUGAUAUUUUACAGCCAGUGCCAAACACAACGGAACCUGACUACAAAUCCAAAGACUGGGUUUUCCUCAAUUAUACCUACAAGAGGUUUGAAGGGCUCACACAGCGUGGCUCGAUCCCUUCCUACAUGAAAGCUGGGAAGUUGUGAAACGAAACACAAACCCACAAAAGAAAUAAAUACAAACCUCAGGUAGCUGCAUCACCAGACCCGCUUGGCGUUAGUUAUCAAUACAUUGACUCUGGUGCGCAUCAAUUUCACAUUGGAAAUUCUACAGGAUUAGGAUUUCUAAGACUACUACAGGAAUUAGUUGGCAGUGCCAGCUGGCUUUUUUUUUUUUUUUUUUUUUUUUUUAAUAUUUGAAUAUUUUUGUUAACUUUAUUAUACAAAGGUACUGGAAUAAAAGGAACGUACAUCCCUUUGUAACUGCACUGCCUAUAUGUGUAUAACGGUUAAUUAAGCCUCUCUGUACUGUGGCUUUGUUUGUACUGUAAACCAUCUAAUCCACCCAGGUGCAAAAACAUAUCAUUUUAUGCAGCGUUGUUAUUAUACUGCUUACCUGGUGGUUUUUAGAUAUGCAGUAUAGAAAAGCAUUGCCCAUAUUUGCAAAAUUCUCUGAGCAGUUGUUCAAAGGUGUUGCAGUUGUGGUCUACAGAUACUCCAUGCGCAUGGCAAUAUUUGAUUAUUUAAAAUAGCAGUGUCCUGGGGCCUACUUGUAUCCUGCCUCAUUCCUUCCCACCAGAGGCCUGUAAUAGCAGAUCCCCCCCUAAUCUUUUCUAAUCUCUCUCUUUUUUUUUUUUUUUUUUUUCCCUUUAUCCCCUGUGUGUGACAGUGAGACAGUCCCUGUGGUCUGUUUAGUAGCAUUUCUGCUUCAAAGUGUAGUUACAGGUAUUUCUGUUUAAGAUGAUGGAGCUUUACACCUAUUAGCAAAUUCAGAAGAAAAAAUGGACGUUCUUCCAGCAUCCCUCUCAAAUUUGGACCAUGGGGUUUGAAGGGAUCAGCUGAGUCUAGACCAGUCACCAGAAACCACAACCAACCAUGCCUGAAGCCAGCAGAGCCUCUAAAUGCUGUGCUGCCCAGAGCUGAGUCGUAACAAACUGACAGCAGGUAUGGGGCUCUUUCUGCUAGGUCUGCUGGCAGCUUGCCGUUAUGUGGUUGCUGGCAAAUUUAUCUACAGCUCUGCCUGUACUAGCACAUUGUUUGCAGUACGUAGAAUUUAUCACAGUGUGGUGGAGAUCUAAUGUCCUUUUUUGGAUAGAAAGAUUUGCAGUAAUUGAACAAUAUUCCAGUGAUCAAACAUGCAAAGUCACUAUUACUGUCUUCCUCCAUCCUACAGUUAGCCUUGAAUGGUAGCGAAAGGCAUGUUAGGGCACCCCAGGACACCCACUAGAGUGAAGCAUAGGAUGUUUUGGCGUGUAGUAGGAAAGACUCCAUUAGGCUGAUUUUUUUUUCCUUCAGCAAAAUGGAACCAGUUAUUUAUAAAGCCAUUACAAAAAUAAAUAUUGCUGUUAGGCACCAUGACAGCAAUUGUUCUGAAUUGUUUGUAUGCUUUCAAACACACCGGGGUGUUCAUCUGUUGCACAGAAGCCCAUUUAGCAGAAAGAUUCCUGUGCAUUGGUGGCUUACUGAUGUGUCUAGUCUUCCCUGAUCCAACAGUUGCUAAGCUUAAGGGUCUAAGUGAUGUCUUUCCUCAAUAUUUUGUCUCCCUUCAAACAUCUAACAUCUGUUGUUUACACUGCUUUUCUAUGAAAAAUUUCAGUCUUCAGUUCAUCCAAGAGGAAUAUCCAAUGCCUCUAGGCCCACUCCGUUUAUACAAUAUUGUAUCAGAAUAUGGCUAAGUUAAAUUUUUGCCUGAAGGAUUGAGUUACAUGGGAACAGCUUAUCAUCUCCCAGUUUUUCUUCCUGAAACUUGCACGAAUUUAUGCCCUUGACUACUAUCAGGACAGAAUCCUUCUGAAAUUUUUCCUGGAUAUUUUUUAGCCUUGUCAACAAAGUAAAGGUCAUCUAUAACCAUCCAAGACUUGUAAUUCACUUACAGCACAUUUAUAUUUACAACUUAUUUCUACCAGUGGCCUAGAACUAGUAGGGCACUAUUUUGUCAUCUCCUAGGGAUAAGCCAAGAUGUAAGCCUGGCCCCAGAGGAUACUGCUAUUAAAACUAAAUUUAAAAAGAUUUUUUUUUAAUUCUCAAUCUUGUUUGUGGGGCUUAUGUGCACUAGAAGUGAAAUUUCUGUGAACAACACAUUUCAAAAGACCACAGUUACCCUGUUUGUGUAAUAUAAAAAGAAAUCUUUGCCUGAACUUGCCAAGACAUGAUAAGUUUCAUGGAAACUGCAAAUGCUCAGUAAUACUGAUGAUUUUUUUUCCAGUGAGAUUUGGGGGAGGGGAGAUAAAUAUACACUUAACUUAAAGCUAUCUAUUAAAAAACUCUAUCUGUACAUACUCACUGGUUUACAACCUUGGAAAAAAAGCUCAACUCUUAUAUUUGUAACACUAAAGAUAAUAUGCAUAUAAAAUUGCAGAUGAUUAAUCAUAUCAGUGCUCAUAUAGGAAUUAUAUCCUUACAGGAACAGCCUGCAGCCUAUUUAGGAAACACUUCUGUAUUGCAAUAGUUGAUCUUUUUAUUUUUUUUUUUUUUUUUGAAAAUAUGGCAUUAUUUUAACCAGUAAGUCAAGUUAAAGAGAAUAUUAACUACUGCUUUUAGGAUGAUGGAAUUUUUUUAAAGGUAAAGCUGUGACACUGUAAUGGAUUAAAGAGAACAGAAGGUUAAUCUACACUGGCUUUCAAAAAGAAUGGAAGUGUAACAUAUCUUUUGCUUCUUUAUUUUUGUCUUAUUCUUUUGAAUGGCUGUUUUUUUUUCCUUUGGCAAUGUUUGUCAUUGUGCCAUUAUUUUUUUUUUCUUGGAGUACCAAAGAUCCUGAAAUGGCUUGAUGAUUGCAACCAUGUGAAAAUUUAUUUUCUGGAAGUAUAUUUUGUUAACUUCUGUUAAAGUGUGGAAUUGUGUAUGCAAAUUGUUCUUGGAAGUUAACCUACUCCAGCAGGGAAGUCUUGAGUGCAUCAGUGGAAGUGGCGAGCCUGAACCCAAAUUCUGGAUCUGAAUACCCUGAAACUGGGAAGGAAUUUUGGACUGCAAAACACAACUGAGCUUUUGCACUUGGUUCCCUCUCUAAUCAGCGUGAGCGAGUAGCCUGAAGUCCAGGACAUCAGCAAAGGUUAUUUCAUGUGCAAAAGGAGUUUUUUAAAAAAAAAAAAUUUUUUGCCAGGAUUCGGAAGUCACAUUGUUGAUACUGCAUUUGCACUGUUAAUUUGCCUUGCUGGAGAGUUAUAUAAGUGUAAUUUUUACAGGUCAAUUGUUAAACACCUGAGUUGUUGGAUACAGUAUGGGAUAACUGCAUCUGAUAUAGGUAAAUUCACCUAAGUGCAAAGGGGCUUGCUGGAAGCUUUCCACACUAUGGAGAUAGAGGGGCAUAAGCAGUACAAAGGGUGUUGUGUGGGCUCCUUACAGUGGGGUGACUUUCCUCCUCUGCAACAACAAGUAGGGAAUCCUGCAGUUUAGCCUGGUUAUACUCUUAAUGCUUAGAAAGUGCUCUCAUUUUUUCAAUAAUAUGAGCAAUUACAAGCAUUGUAACAUACUGUACUUUGUCCUUUUAAUGUUGAUUAUAUUACAGCAGCUCAUUCUUGGAGUCUAAAUGGCAACUGCUAUAUUUUUUCCUAGACUGUUUCACUAGUUGUGGUUGGGAAAGUUACAUAGAAGCAUUAUAAAAAUUUAUAUGAGGCUUUUUACAGCAUUUGAAAAUAAACGUAGCAUUCUUUUUGUAAA